AUACACACGCGUUGCCAGUUGUUGGAAGUCUUUUGCUUCGAUUCCAUCAGAUUAACAAUGCGAGAAAAGAAAGAGAGAGGAAAAAGUUGAGUUUUUGUAGAGAUAUAAAAGAUGAUAAUACCAGGAGAUACCUUAUGCUUGUAAUUUGUUUUAAUCAUUUUAUCUGUAAUUAACCUAACCCUACAUUAGGAAUUUUUUUCUUUUUCUUGAUUCUCUAAUCUUCAGAAAGCCACGAAAUACUAGAUCUCAAUUCCCUCUUCUCUCCUUUUUUUUACCUGCUUUGGUUUCCUCGUUUCCGUGCGACAUUUUCCGAUUUGUCGGUGCGGUUGCUUCGGUGUACAGUGUCCUUUGUUUUUUUUCGUAUUUUUGGAAAUUUUUUAGGGAGGUGUUCGUUAGGGUUUGUAUUGUAGCUAGUGGGUUUCGAUUUUUGAGUUUUUCUGGUUUGUAUUGAUGGAGCCGCGCGUUGGUAAUAAGUUUCGGCUUGGUCGGAAGAUCGGUAGCGGGUCGUUUGGGGAGAUCUAUCUUGGAACUAAUAUCCAGACAAAUGAAGAGGUUGCCAUUAAGCUUGAAGGUGUCAAGACAAAGCAUCCUCAAUUGCUAUAUGAAUCGAAGUUAUACAGAAUCCUUCAAGGAGGAACUGGGAUUCCAAAUGUGAGAUGGUUUGGGGUUGAGGGAGAAUAUAAUGUUCUUGUAAUGGAUUUGCUUGGACCUAGUCUUGAAGAUUUAUUUAACUUCUGCAGUAGGAAACUCUCUUUGAAGUCGGUUCUUAUGCUUGCUGAUCAGAUGAUCAAUCGUGUCGAGUUUGUUCAUUCAAAAUCAUUUCUUCAUCGAGAUAUCAAGCCAGACAAUUUUCUCAUGGGCUUGGGAAGGCGUGCUAAUCAGGUAUACAUGAUUGACUUUGGUUUGGCGAAGAAAUAUAGAGAUAGUUCAACCCAUCAACACAUACCUUACAGGGAAAAUAAAAAUUUGACUGGAACUGCCAGAUAUGCAAGUAUGAACACUCACCUGGGAAUUGAGCAAAGCCGGAGGGAUGAUUUAGAAUCAUUGGGUUAUGUUCUUAUGUACUUCCUAAGAGGAAGUCUUCCUUGGCAAGGACUGAAAGCAGGAACUAAGAAGCAGAAGUAUGAGAAAAUUAGUGAAAAGAAGGUCUCCACUUCAAUUGAGGCCUUAUGUAGGGGUUAUCCAACCGAAUUUGCAUCCUACUUUCAUUACUGCCGUUCAUUACGAUUUGAUGAUAAGCCUGAUUAUGCUUACCUUAAAAGAAUAUUUCGCGAUCUCUUUAUUCGUGAAGGCUUCCAGUUUGACUAUGUUUUUGACUGGACAAUAUUGAAGUAUCAGCAAUCGCAGCUGGCUAAUCCUCCAGCCCGUGGCCUUGGUCCCGGAAUUGGAACUAGUUCUGGACUUCCCCCUGCUAUUGCCAGUGCAGAUAGACAGACAGGUGGGGAACAAGUUGGUCAGUCGAUAGAUUCUGCUCGUCGUAGACUUUCAGGACCUAUCCUAAAUACCGGAAGUUAUGCAAUGCAGAAGAAUCCAGUUGCCAAUGAUUCUCCAGUUAGUAAGGACCCUAUGUUACCAAGCUCUAUUUUCAUGGGCCGAUCAAGUCGAUCAUCCAGGCAAGCUGCUGCUGUUUCAACCAGUCGUGAUAUGUUUGUUGGAAGUGAGGCUGAUCCCCAUCGAUCACGCACAACUGAUGCAAGCCCAGGAGCAAUGCAUAAAAUUUCCAGUGGGCAAAGGAGUCCUCCUCUUGGAACUGCAGCAGACCCCAGACACUCAUCAUCAGCCAGAAAUGCCACACACAUGAAGACCUAUGAAUCUGCCCUCAAGGGAAUUGAGGGCCUGAAUUUUGACAAUGAUGAGAAGGUUCAUUAUUAGGUGCUGAGCGCUGUGCAUUGUUGUAAAUCAUGAAUUCAUCGAUAUACUGUUAUAUGCUGUGGAAUAGUUUAUUCCAUGGAGUUCUGGAAGUUGUGCUCAGAGUCCUUAUAACUCCGGAAUUCAUUUUGCACGCACAGGACAUCUGCUGAUUUUGCAGAAAGGGUCCUGGGAAGCUGAUGGUCUCAAAAUUUAGAAGGCUCCUUAUGCAAGACGUAGGGUGUGUUAAUGAGCUACCCCUUUUCUAUCCUCCCGAUAUUCUAAAUGGCUUAACCUAUUUUUGUUGUCUCUUUGUUAGCUUAUACCUUUAUUAUUAUUGUUAUUAUUAUUUUCAUGUUCCUUUAAUUCAGAAGUUCAAAACUUGAAGCCACUGUAAAUUGGGCGUUGUAUUCGUAUUGCUCUUUUAGUUUUCAAAGUUUUAGCAGUCCUUGAAGGUUGAAGAAAAAUUGUGGGCAGCGUGGUGGAAUUUCUUGUCUAGGCUUUCCAACUUCGGUUGUAGCCUCAAACAUGCUUUUAAUAUUGUACUGUGGAUUUCAUCUAA